GCCGUCGUGACGUCACGCAGGAGGUGGGACACGUAACGGUCCGCAAAGACAGAAGACCAGUCGGCGGGACGCCACCGUUGUAACCCACCUAUCCAUUUUCUACCGCUUGUAACCACACUCUCUGAAACAGGCCUCCAACUAUUGAUUUCUGCAGUGUGCUCACACAGAAGACCAACUACUUCACAAAGAUGGUGUUCCGAGGCACAAUUACAAAUGCCGCAGGUUUUGAUCCCGUUGCCGAUGCUGAGGCCUUGUACACUGCCAUGAAAGGCAUGGGCAGUGACAAAGAAGCCAUUUUGGACCUGGUCAGCUCUCGCAGUAACGCCCAGAGGCAGGAAGUCAUUGCUGCAUACAAGUGUACCUAUGGAAAGGAUCUUAUUGAGGAUCUGAAAUAUGAGCUGACGGGUAAAUUUGAGCGCCUCAUUGUGAGUCUGAUGAGAACUCCGGCAUACCACGAUGCCAAAGAGAUCAAAGAUGCACUCAAAGGAGCUGGAACCAACGAGAGGAGCUUGAUUGAAAUCCUGGCUUCAAGAAACAACAAACAAAUGCAUGACAUGGUUCAAGCAUACAAGGAUGCCUACGGUAGAAACAUGGAGGAGGAUGUGAUUGCUGACACUUCUGGUCACUUUAAGAAGAUGCUGGUUGUUUUACUCCAGGGGACCAGAGAUGAGUCGGGAGUUGUCAAUGCAGAUCUGGUGGAGCAAGAUGCGCAGGACCUUUAUGCUGCUGGCGAAGAGAAGUGGGGGACCGACGAGGCCAAAUUCAUCACGAUUCUGGGCAACCGCAGUGUGACCCACCUCCACAUGGUUUUCGAUGCAUACGAGAAGAAUACAGAGACGUCCAUUGAGGACAGCAUUAAGAACGAGCUGUCGGGAGACUUUGAGAGGCUGAUGCUUGCUGUUGUGCAGUGCAUACGCAGUGUUCCCAUGUUCUUUGCCAGGCGCCUAUACAAGUCAAUGAAGGGUCUCGGUACAGCUGACAACACCUUGAUCAGGAUCAUGAUUUCUCGCAGUGAAAUAGACAUGUUGGACAUUCGCGAGUGUUUCAGGCUCCGAUAUGAGAAGUCACUCUACAACAUGAUUACGGAUGACACAUCAGGUGAUUACAAGAGGACUCUGCUGAAUCUGUGUGGAGGAGAUGACGAUUUAGCUGGAGAGUUCUUCCCUGAAGCUGCUCAGAUAGCCUACAAGAUGUGGGAAAUAAGUUCCAUGACCAAAGUCAAGCUGAGACCAACGGUUGUCCCUGCACCCAACUUUGACCCUGGUGCCGAUGCACAAGCGCUUAGAAAAGCCAUGAAAGGGUUCGGAACUGAUGAAGAUGCAAUUAUUGACAUAGUUGCACAUAGAAGUAAUGCACAGAGACAAGUGAUCAGACAGACCUUCAAAUCACUACUGGGAAGGGAUCUGAUGAAGGACCUGAAGUCUGAACUGUCAAAGAACAUGGAGAGACUGAUCAUUGGCCUCAUGUUAACCCCCGCUGAGUUUAAUGCCAAAAUGAUGAAGAAAGCCAUUGAGGGCGCUGGCACAGAUGAACACGCUCUGAUUGAGAUCCUGGUCACCAGAAGCAAUGAGGAAAUACAAGCCAUGAAUGCUGCCUAUCAAGAAGCCUAUAAGAAGUCUUUAGAGGAAGCAAUUCAAUCUGACACAUCAGGCCACUUCUGCCGCAUCCUGGUUUCACUUGUGCAGGGUGCAAGGGAAGAUGGCCCUGCAGAUGUUGAAAGAGCCAAUACAGAUGCUCAGGAACUUGCUGAAGCUUGCAAUGCUGACUCUGAUGACAGGGUGAUGAAAUUCAUGAGCAUUCUUUGCACCAGAAGCUUCCCUCACCUGAGGAAAGUUUUCCAGGAGUUUGUGCGAUUUUCCAAUAAGGACAUUGAACAGAUCGUCAAGAAGGAAAUGUCAGGAGAUGUGAAAAAUGCCUUUUAUGCCUUAGUUCGCAGUGUGAAGAACCAGCCGUCUUAUUUUGCAGACCGUUUGUACAAAGCAAUGAAGGGUCUUGGCACAGACGACAGAGCGUUGAUCCGCAUCAUGGUGUCCCGUAGCGAGAUUGACCUUUUCAACAUUCGUAAGGAGUUUAAAGAAACACAGGAUACCUCCCUCCAUGAAUUCAUCCAGGUAGAGACAAUGAUCGGUGACACUUCAGGAGAUUACCGUAAAACCCUUUUGGUGCUCUGCGGAGGUGAGGAUUAACGUCGGCACAUCUGCACAGCCCGCAGUGGCGAGGCCCGCCAGACGCCAUCACCCAGUCAAGCUGCGAUGGUGGAUAUCUAACGCCAGCGCCCUACACUGCUGCCACUCUGCCAAAACGAAGUUAUAUCCACAUCUUUCAAGCCAGUUUUCUCCUCACAUGAAAGAUCCUUUUUUUUUUCCUUUUUGUUUUUUUAUAGAAUCACUAUGAAUAGUGUGACAAUUAUCACAUGACGCAGUGCCUAUUCAGUCAUCAUUGUGACGAUACAUCGCUCAAUAAAAUCAAAAGAUUUAGAUUAAACUGAAUGUUUUCAAAUUUCCCCAUCAUGCUGUUGACUUUUCGUCACAGUUAUUGGUAAAGGUGCAGCAUUCGGAUUUACAUGUUAGCUGCUAGUUUAAUUAUUUAUUGUGUUUAUACUGACAAUGACUAGGAACUAUUUGGCAUUAGGAAACUCCCUCCAAGUCAAAGCGUCUGCCAAAAAGCCGUACAUAGUGUUAAACGCUCCUUUCUUCCUUUCCUCACACCAAAUUCCCCCAUAUUUGUAUUCCUGAACCACCGCAUGCAAAAACGUGAACAUUUGGCAAGACAUACAUCCCCACUGCGUGCAUGAAACUAUCCUUCUAAGAAAUCUGCCCCAGAGAGUUCCUGGUAUUGAGCCUUAAAAUAAAUGUUUGGCAGGCC